AUGGGAAAUAGUACUAAAAUUAAAUAUCAGUGUCAAUUGAUAUUUAAUUUUAUCAAAAAUUUUAUUUUUUUCUUUUAUGAAAAAAUGAAUAUUGGAAUGGAAAUAAUUUUUAAUUAUUUUGAAAAUUUUAGAAGUGAAUUAUAUAACUUAAGAAAAGACCCUAUAAAGUUGAUUUAUGUUGUAAUUUUUUAUUUACUUUUUUUUUUAUCUGUAUGUUUUUUAAUAAUUAACCAUAUAACGAAAAAUAAAAAAAAAGUUAGUAAAAAUGUAUCAUCUAUCCGUGCAUAUCAAUAUAGAGAAAGAAAUCAAAAAUCAUCUAGUAGAAAAAUAACAGAAAAAAAAAAAAAUCAAGGAAAAGCUAAUGAAAAUAAAAUUAACGAAAAGAGAGAUCAUGAACAUGUAGCGAAAAUAAAAAAAGAUGCCACUAAAGAUAAAAGUGAAGAAAUUAUUUAUAACGAAAAAAAAUUUGAGAAAAAAAAAAGAGAAAGUAAAAUAUUAAAAGAAAUUCCUAUUUCUAAUUCAUUAUACAGCGAUAGUAUUGCCUACAUUGACUUAACUGUUAGUGAAUUAAAUUUAAAAGAAAAAGAAAAAGAAAAAGCAAUAUUAAAUGAAAAAAAAAAGACUAGAGGAAAAAAAAAUGGAAACAAAAAAAAUACUCUUAAAAAUGGUGUGAUUGAUGAGCCACUUGUUAGUAGAUAUGGUAGAAUGCUUAAAAGAAAAAAUGCAUAA